AUGAGGCAUGGUAUCAAACACAGACCUCGCGCUCUCACAGUCCCCGGCAAUGGCAAACGCUGUGAUCAUGACCGUCCACGACACAACGUCGCGCGUGGGCAUCCGUUGAAACAGCAUCCAGGCCUCGUCGACCAUGCCACAGUGGGAAUAUGCAGUGAUUACUUCGUUCCAGGUUACAACGUUCCUCUCUCUCAUUCCAUCGAAGACGCCGCGAGCGCCAGCGAGAUUCCCAGCGCGGGCAUAGGCGGCGAUGAGGAUGUUGGCGGAGAAGACGUUUGGGAUCGCGAUCUCGUCGAAUGCGCGCUUGGCGUUGCGCACGCUGCCGCAUCUGCCAUACAUUUCGAUGAUCAGGUUUCGGAGGAAGAGAUCGCGGCGGUGCUCGCUGCCCAGCACGCUGGCCUCGAGCCGGCGGCAGUCGUCCAGAUCGCGGCAUUGUCUCAAGAGCUGCGCGUAGCUGGAUCGAUCGAAGAACAGACUGGAAUCGAGCAUUUGGCGGGCAUGCGCUGCGAGGCGAUCCAUCCAGAAUGUCAGGGCGUUGAUACGAUCUGUGUUCUUGGAUUGGAACCGAUUUCGCUGGCCGAGAUCAGGGAAGCUCGCGGGAAGGAUCUCACGAAGCAGCAUUUUUCUGGGAGAUUGCUCCAGGGGAAGCUGUGCAUCGAUGCCGAGGUCAGGGAAGGGAUCAUUGUUCACGUCGUGGAAGACGAGCAGAGCUUCCGCUACUACCUCUUCCUUUGCAACUUCGCGAGCUCCUGGUGGACGGAAAAGGAAGCUCGGCAGUGGUUUCCAAGAGAUGCGACGGUGGGUAUCAGGGAUCCCGUGGUCUCCUUCGCCAAGGAUGGUGUUCCAUGCAUCGAGGUGCUCAACCCAGCUUCGCUAGAGAUCUCGGGAAUAGAACUGGAAGGCAGUGACGAAGACCCGUGGAAAAUCGCGAUGGUUGCUUUGGAAAACCAUGAGUACAUUCGCGCAGCGCAUCUCUUCACCAACUUUGUUCACGAGAGUUCUGAGAAGGGAGACAGGAUUGCAGCGCUGUCUUAUCGAUCAGAGGCUUGGCUGCGAGCAGGACUUCUCGACAAGGCUCUCGAGGAUGCCGAGAUGGCACUGAAACUCCAGCCGGAGGGUCCAUUCUCCUCCGAGAAUCUGCUGAGGAAAGCAAGAGCUCUCUUGAAACUUCAUGACUAUCGAGCAGCUCUAGAAUGCUUUGAGUCGUCUGGUCUGGCGGACGAUACUUCUAGGGAGAUGGAAAGAUGUAGGAGGUUCUUAGAGCAUAGCGAGCAGGGACUUUUCGAUCUGGACGAGUACUACUUGAGCAGGGAGUCGGGAAAAUCCACGCCCGAGUGUGGAGAAUUUGUCGGUGCUGUGAGAAUCGGCAUGUCUCCAGAUGGGAAAGGAAGGGGACUGUUUGCAACACAGGAUGUAAAGGCCGGGGACGUUUUUUUCUUUUGCCACCCCUUGUCUGCUAUGCACGACUCAGAAAAACUCCCGGCAGAGAGUGAUCUUCUUGCACAGAUGGUCCGAAACUGCAUGGCCUCGGGUAGAAGUUUGGAGCAGCUGGUAUCACUUGUAGAGUCCGAUGAGAUUCCAGAGCUGAAUCUCUUCAAGCCGAAUACAAACUGGCAGCAGAGGAUCGGAUUCAUCGACAUUCCGGCUUGCGCAAGGAAGACUUCCAUCGAUUAUGGGUACAAGUUCGAGCGGGUGAUAGGACUAGAGCGGCGACGCGAGUUUCUAUCCGGGCUGUGGAUUCUCACGGCCUUUGCCAACCAUUCGUGUUGUCCGAGCGCCACACAGAAGGCCGUGGGAUCUGCCUCGCUCGUGAGAGCGGCAAGGGACUUGAAAGCGGGCGACGAAGUUACCUUGGCAUACCUGGAUCCUUUCAUGCCGUGGGACGUGAGAAGCAGGCAGACAGAGUCUCGCUGGGGAUUUGAGUGCGCUUGCGAGAGGUGCCACUUCGAGUCGAAGCUCCAUUCCGAGAACCGGGAUCUCGUAAACUCUGGUAUCAAGAUGGAAAAGAUGCUCGAGGAGCCGAGCAACUUGGACUUGUUCGAAGUGAGCGAGAUGGCAUGCACGGUAGAGAAGAUGAUAAGCAGAUGGAAAGGUCCGGAUGCUCAGCGGCACAAGCACUGGAUGCGGGCCUCGUACUACAAAGCAUACGAAGUCUACCUUCUAAACCGAGAGGAGUUUGAGAAGUUUAUAACGAGGCAGGCGCCUCCGUCAUGGGAAGCUAUCAUGGAGGCUCUUUCCUUCACAGCUCCAGGCUACGAAGGCUUGCUUACUUUGCUAACAGUCUUCGCACAACAUAACGGGAACAGCAGCAAAGCCAGGGAGUUACUCGUCCGGGAGUGCACUUCUUGCUUUGGAAAACUGUGCCGUGGAACAGUGGAUUCGAUCCUUCAGCGCGAAGCAAGACACUGCGCUCAAAUGUGCUCAAAGCUGAGCGAAAAAGUUGUGGACCUCUCUAACAGGUAGCUUUGUGUAUUCUGCGACUGGCUAUUUGUUUCAAAGCACAUACAACAGGGAUCUGUCUAAGACUUGAAGAGGCCACCACAGUGGUCUUGUGGAAGCGACUGAACUGAAGGAAAAGAAGAGAAGAAAGUGAGUAUGUUAUCGUUGAUCUCACAGAGAGACUGCUAUAUAAGAAGAUUGAAGUGAAGUGUAUUGCAGCAAAUCACUGCAAGACUUA